ACUCCUCUCAAGUCCUCAACACCACUCCAGCCCACACUCCACCAUGACCGGCUCCUGCUGUGGCUCCUUCUCCUCCCAGAGCUGUGGAGGCUGCUGCCAGCCCUGCUGCUUCCGCGACCCCUGCUGCUGCCGCCCAGUGUCCUGCCAGACCACCGUGUGCCGCCCCGUGACCUGUGUGCCCCGCUACACGCGCACCAUCUGUGAGCCCACCGGCCGCCCCAUCUGCUGCGACCCCUGUGGCCUGCAGGAAGGCUGCUGCCGCUCUUUGCGCUUGUGCCCAACGUCCUGCACGGCCGUGGUCUGCAGACCCUGCUGCUGGACCUCCACCAGCUGCCAGCCCAUCAGUGUGCAGGCGCCCUGCUGCCGCCCUCACUGCUGCCAGCCUGCUCCCUGCCGCACCAUCUGCAGGACCUCCCACUGCAACCCCUGCUGCUGAGAGCCUAUUAUAACUAAGGGAGCCUCGGGGAUGGCUGGGUCUAUCCUGUAGCCCUUUGGGGCAUCGUGAGAAACCACUCUGCAUUUUCCUGAGAAGCCCAUCCCUCCUCUUUUCCUACUAGCUCUGGCUAUGUCUGGAAGACACUUUUCAGACCAAGUACUGAUGAAGACUCCUCUGUCCUCUUUGGACCCUCACCUAACUCCUAUAUCACGUUGUCUGUUUCUAAUAAACUGAAUACUUUCA